GGGGCCAAAAUGGCUCGACGAUUAAAAGUCAAGUUGGGCAUUAAACUGAUGACAUGCCAGCUUUAAUAAACUAUUGGCCUUGCCUUUAGACGCCCACAACGAUACUUAGCAUUAUCAUACUCAGCUGUUUCACUAGUUCCGCCACAGGUUGUCUAUCGCUUUAUGAAGUAUAGCCUGAGGCUUUCUAAGACAUCUCAACCCAUCGAGAUAGGAGCUCGGCUGACUAGAGAUUUAUAGAGGUACCUAAGUAGUAACUACAGCUGAAAACAACAGACAGGGUUAUAAGUCCAUUUCUAAUCCUAACCGGAAAGCGUCUUCAACCAUCAAUCCUCAUACUCACGCAUUUUGCUAAGUUCCGAAUCAAGUUCAAUCCACGAUGGCUGAAUAUGUCAAAGACUACCAAAUAUUUCCACUCAUGCAUCAGAGUGGACAUAUCACUUUUACGGAAUGGUGCUCACUCUUCACGCUGUGUCUAGCACCGCUCGUUGCUCAUAUCGCUGCCGGUUUCCCUCAACCAUCAUACUUAAGUGCCCGUCAUCCAAAGUGGCAUGAGCGUAUCGCCCUUUAUAAUCCGACAUCUAUAUUAUGGAGAUAUGCAGUUAUCGCGGAUCGACGUAUUAGGGCUAAGGCUUGGGAUAGGAAAGAUAUGGCCGGUACCAACGCGCUCUUUUGGACAUCACAAGGCUGGGACGGCUCAGAAGAGAUGAUUACCCUUAGUAUGCCGCACUGCGUGCAUCUACCUCCGUACAGUCGAAUUAAUUUCUACUCUGUCGAAUUCCUUAAAACUGCAAUCGUUACUUUGCAGGGCAUUCAAGCUAUCGUUGCCAUUGGUCUGGCAUUAGGGAAUGGCAGUCAUAGACAUGACGGGUUUUUAACCUUCAUGGGCGUCGACUUGAUCUUUUUUCCUUUGGCAUAUACCGGCCUUGUCCGUCUGUUUUGCGCAUUUUGGCUUACAGAUGAAUUCGCAUAUUCGAUAUCGCAAAACGGCUCGAACGGCUCAGAGCUCCGGGCUAUCGCAACCAAAGUCGACGAGAGACGGAUAUCUUUAGAUGGUCUCCUACACGAGGAUUUAUCAGCACCAGUAGUAAAGGAGGAUAGGUUCCUGCCAACAUCAUACUGGGCAAGUAGAGUCUUUCGGGUCGUAUUCCUACUUCCGACCCUGCUCCUCUUGGUAAUGUGCUUAACGUUCAUAAUACCAUUCGAUGGUUCGGUGCGAUUCACCAUCACAGCACUUCUUGGUGCGCUAUUUUAUUUCCUAUUCCUCUCAGCUACGUUAAUCAUCUGCGGCUAUUAUCUGGCGCGAGGACAUACAUCGACCACUCUCCCAUGCCUUGCGUCUAGAUGGUAUGGAGCAUACACCGGAAUCCUCACGGGAAUGGCUUUGGCCAUCAUUGUCGUAUCUUGUAUUGAAACGAGGCGCAUGACAUGUGGACGAUGGACUAGUGCUCCCUAUUCUCUCGGAGAUUUCGACGCGUGUUGAAACAGUAGGAGGCCUGAUGUUAUCAGAAUAGGCUUUCAUCAACUCCCCGACUUUGGCCUGUCGACAACUAUGUCGAGGGUCAACUCAGAGAACAGGACACUCGGAGACGGAGAAUUCUGGGUGGGCAAUUUCAUAGGCACUUGUCUUGGUGCUGUCGGCUCAACACUUAUAAAACAGGUCCCGACCGUAGAA